CCAAGGUUCUUUUUAAAGAAGUUUCCCAUCGUCAUUUUUUUCCUCACUUUCAUUGUCUCCAUUCCUUUUUACUCCACCCACAUCUCAGUCUGACUGUCUUCCUAAUCCAUUCAACGAUUUGUUCUCACUUUUUGAUUAUCAUAAUGUCCUCCACACUCAGCACCCUACUCCAAUAUUUCCUGAUUGUUUCCUUGGCGUAUCUUUACACAUCACGGCCUUGGAACAAAAAGAAUGGAGUCACUGGUAGUUCUAUGGGAGACGCCCUUAGUAGACUCCAGGUAUCAGGACUGGCAGACUAUUACACAGAGAGGAAGAGGCAACGACCACGAUGGACAAAAAAGAAGACUAUGGAUAGGAUAGAAAAGUUAAAUGGGCCAAAGGAGCAAGAGAAGGGGCAGGUAGCGGUGGUGAGCAGCAGCGAGAUCAGAAAUACCAAGGAGACGCAUCAAGAACUAGGUCGAUCAAACGAGCAGGCACUGGCCAGUUCCACUAGAACAUCAUCCCCCUCACCAUCGCCAUUACUCCCCAAGAAACAAGGAAAACGAUCUAGCUCAGGCUCUCCGCCAUCUGCGAGUAAGCAAAAGGCGAAUGUCAAGUCAGAGGCAGCAAUAACGGCGACAGCGAAGCGAUCUCAGAAACAACAACAACAACAACAACAACAACAACAACAACAACAACAGCAGCAACGAACUCUGCGCUCUGUUAUGACAACCACUUGCACUGCUACUUCUGAUGCUGUGACAUCAGAAUCGCCCUUCUCUGCGGAGGAGGUACUGAAGAAUUGUCGAUUUCUAUCCGAGAUGUUCAAGGAUGUGCCUAGCUCAGAGAUUGAGCGGGUCAUUCGAUCGGUGAACUGGGAUGUGAGUGAAGCAGCCGCGUUGUUGGCACAGGAAGAUUACACAUGGCAGUCUGUCCGUCGUCGACGUAGCAUCGCAGGAUAAUGGAUUUAGGCUUUUGUAAUUAUGAAAAUUAUGAUAUCUUUUUUUUUUUUUUUUUUAUCGCUG